AUGGCGUUGCGAGCUUGGAUGCUUGAUUGUCGGGUGGCACGGGUGGUGUUGCCGGAUGAGUUGGAGAAUUCUCGUCGUGUGCGUGCCAUUGCUUGCUGUGUUAUUGGCGGUGGUGUUGGACAAGAGCAAGGACAAGAAGAAGAGGAAGACGACGACGAAGAAGGUGCUACUGAUGGUGGUUGUCUCUCUUGCAGUCCAGCUGCAAUUCUCACAAACCCUUUGAUGGCGCUCAAAAUGAAUUUCCUACUUGGGUUCAAUGACUAUGAGAGCACAAAUGACGAACAGUUCGAGGUAGUCACAGCGGGAAAAUGCUGUCAGGAAUUCGAUGCGUUCGAAAAAGAGGCUUUCGAAGCAUUCAUAUCCAGGCAACGACCUCGUUCUGAACAGCACUCGACUUCCACUGCAGAUGCUUCAGAACAGACUGAACCAGGCGGGGGAAUAUAUUACCCACUUACUAGUAAUCAGCAAAUGAGGGUACUAGAAGUCUUUCCCGGUGAAUUCGAUGAUGUUUUGCAGUGUAAGCUGCAUGUCUGCUCAAUUGAGUUCGCGUUUCCUACUAGACCAUCUGAGCAGCCCGCCAACUCACUCAUUGGGUAUACCUUUACUCCUCGUACUUACUUCGCGAUUUCCCAUGCCACCAGUCAACCGAUCUGGUAUACAGCGCUCUCAUAUGUUUGGGGGAAUAGCGCCUUCGUGAAGGCGAUGAUCUGCAACGGCAAACCCUUCAACACAACGCACAAUUUGGACCUAGCUUUACGCUACACGAGAAGGACAGACGCAUCUGUCAUGCUCUGGGCUGAUCAAAUCUGUAUAAAUCAGGGCGACCUAGUAGAGAAGACUCAGCAGGUACUUCUGAUGGACAAGAUCUAUCAACGGGCUUGGAGCACGCUCGUAUGGCUUGGAGAGGAGGGUGAUAACAGCAGCGACGCAAUGGACACCAUUGGGUCAAUCAGUGCGUCACUCCGGUGCAGCAUGGACGAGAAAGCUCCGGAUGUGGAAGACUUCGAGAGGUUAGGCCUACCCGCUCCAGAGUCACAACAGUGGCGUGAAUUGGCCAAAUUCCUAGCCCGGCCAUGGUUUCAACGUGUAUGGAUAAUUCAAGAAAUCGUCUUAUCCAACAGCAUUCAGUUUCAAUGUGGAUGGAAAACCAUCUCUUGGCUUGAGAUCAACACAUUUGCUGUCAAUUUUGUCAAGCAUGAUCUCACUCAAUAUCUUGAUGACCCCGCGGAUGAGAAUUCUAAAGUAGGAUGUACUCGAAUCACAAAAAUUGACCGGUUGAAAGACUAUCACACCACGCACCCAUUCCAAUCAGGGUUACUGAAUGCUCUAGUCGAGGGACGAGGAGCGCAGGCAACCGAUCCCAGAGACAAGGUCUUCGCGAUCAUGGGAAUGACAGCAAUCAAGAUCAAUCCGGACUACUCUAAAUCUGUAUCUGAAAUCUAUCUAGAAGCUGCUCGAAAGAUGGUAGAUAAUUCAUACAACAACGUCUUCAGCGUCUUAUGCUGUGUUGAUCAUCAACAACCAAGCACCUUCUGUCCUUCCUGGGUCCCAAAUUGGAGUAGCAUCGGUCAGACAACCUCGCUAGGAAUUUAUGGAGAUCGCCAAGGGAUAUAUGAAGCUUCCAGAGGCACACGAUCAGGCUCAAAAACUAAGCUGAUUAAUGACCGACUUUGUCUCGAUGGCAUCAUUUUUGACACGACGUCAAAUAUCAGUCCAUUGGCAAGUGCAUGUCUUAGAGAUCUCAUAGAUCCAACAACUCGCACUGCCCAGUUUGUUCUUGGUGGCAUGCAGACGACGCUCAAAAACUGCCAGCCCUACCCAUCAGAUUCUGGACUCUUCAACGCUUUUUGGCAUACCCUUGUCGCUGGCAAAGAUGGCUCCGGCAUUUUGAAAGCACCUUCCACCUUUGCAGAAGUCUUCUCCAUCCUGCUCAAGUCGGCCAACGGGAGCUUUCCCUCUAUGCCAGACCAGCCAAUUUCGGAACGAAGAAGUCUCAGCCGCAGCCAGAAGCAUACGUACCGCCAGAUGCAAAUCGCCUUCGAAGCGGCGGUCAAGGGGCGAAGGUUUGGCACGACGUCGAAGCGGUACAUGGGACUUUUUCCAGCCGGCACGAAAGUGGGCGAUCAGAUCUGCGUCUUCUUGGGCGGACAUAUCCCGUUCGUGGUCAGGCCGUCGGAAACGAGCGGCGCUUUUCAACUGAUAGGGGAAUGCUAUGUGCAUGGCAUCAUGGAUGGGGAAGUGAUGAAGAUGACGGAUUUGAAGAGAGAAGAGAUUCAGUUGGUAUGA